UGUGUGUAACAGAUAUUUAAGAUAAUUUUUCUCUUUCUACGUUAUUUCUCUGUAUAUACUUGCAAAUCUCCCGCCGGGCAUGCACAUUUGGCAAAGUUCGACGAACGUCGGCCGUCACAGAUGUUUGUCGUAAUUGGCCGCGGUUCGGCCAAGUUUGUUGGCGUUCGUCUGGUUAUCGGGAUAAUAGGAUAAAUCAAAUAAAUAAAGCAUUGGCGCUUGUUUGUUACAUCAUUUGUGAGUACGUUAAUUACACGACCUAAAUAAUAAAAAUGCCAAUCUGGAACAACGAUACCAUUAUACGUUUUUUGGAAUUGUAUCAGGGGGAACCAAUUAUAUGGGACCCAUCAAAGAAAUAUCAUAAGGACAAGUCAAGGGUAAACCAAGCUUGGUCCCGAAUUUCCAGCGAAAUGGGAGUUUCAGUUAUGGAACUUAAAAGGAAAAAAGAGUCGCUGAUGGCCACCUUUCGAACUCAUUUAAAGAAAAAAAAAGCAUCAAUAAAAUCAGGCGACGGUGCCGAUGACAUUUAUAAACCAAUGUGGAUUUUUUAUGAUAUAAUGAAUGGAUUUCUUGGACGAAUUUACGAAUGUAAACCCACAAUAAAAAUAGAAGACAAUGUACAAAACAAUCAGGUUCGGGAUGAUGUAGACUCCAUAAGUGAUAAUACAUCAAAUUGUACACCAACAACACAAACAUCUACACCACAGAUUUCGUCACCAAUCAAACGCGAUGUACAAGGUCAUCGACGUCUUGUGUCUAAACCAGAGCUUCAAGAAAUCGGGAAGCAAAUGAAGGAGACUUCUAGUGCGUCAAACAAUUUUCCCAGCACGAGAUUAAAUGAAAUGGAACACAACGAAGAUGAAUGCGAUCUCUACGUAAAACUUCUGGCUAAAAAAUUAAGAAAGCUAUCUGAUCAUGAGCGACAAGAAAUAAUGUACCAGAUAGAUGGUAUAAUGCUAGAAAAGUCGCGUUUGAGUCAUACAAGUUCACCGUGUUCAUCGAACAACACUAAAAUAGCUUCUCCUGUAGCAGAUCCCCGCUCUGCAACACCUCCCAUAGAACUGCAGUACCUUCAUUAAUCAUUUUGGUACAUAUUUUAUUAUCCACAAGACUACUUGUUAAUGUGCCUGAUCCGCCUAGUUUUGUUAAUUGUUAAUAAUAUAAUAUUAAUGUGUAUAAAAGGUGCGUUUCUGUGAUGAAACAAUAAACUAAGAAGAAUUGUUA